AUGAUGAAGGGGGACGUGAUUGUGAUUGAAGUUCCAGCGGAUAAUAAUGGAGCGUCUUCCAGCAACAUCGGUGUCUCGGAAGAGAUGGAAACUGAUGACUUUGGUGUGGAAGCUGAAUUAACGAGCUUGUCCUGGCUUCAGUCUCUUGACAUUACCAGUGCCUCCAGCUUGCCGACUCCACCAUGCUCACCAAUUCCUCCACCGGUGGUCAAACGUCCACCUAAAAAAAUGUCACCGCUUGUUAAAGCUCAGCUUGAUUUAGCUGAUAACGCUGAAAAAUACCAAACGGACCCAGAUAUGAAACCACCAUUUUCAUACGCCACAUUGAUAUGCCUUGCAAUGCGUGCUAACAAUAAUAAAUUAACAUUAUCAAAUAUUUACGCCUGGAUACGUGAAAAUUUUAGUUAUUAUCGACAUGCUGACCCAGCUUGGCAGAACUCAAUCCGACAUAAUUUGUCAUUGAACAAAUGUUUUGUAAAAUUACCGCGUUCGAAAGAUGAGCCGGGAAAAGGCGGCUUCUGGAAAUUAGACUUAGAGAGUCUGGAAGGGGGUAAACGUACCCGAAGACGCUCAUCAGCCUCGAGGUACAAUAAAUUUUCAAGCAGAACAUCGAGAUCAACGUCGUCCGCAUCCGGAUCAAUGACACCAAUGACCCCAUCAAUUGCAGUAACACCUGGAGACAUAACAACAGAAAUAAUUACAACAAUGAAUUUAAAUGAUCCUCAAAUAACUACUGUGUUUUAUGAAACCCCGCCAAGCAGUGUGUCACCACCGAUACCUGAUUGUUUACCUGAAGUGCCUGAAUCAAACCAAGUUAGCCUUAGUGAAGAUGACCUAACUGGUUUGUUAAUUGCGACGGUCGGCUGGGAUGAGAAUCAACUUGAUCUUCUUGACUCGUUACUCGAUUCACUUUAA